UGUAAAACAAGGGACUCCUCAACGCUUUCACCUGCAAAGACACCGCAAUCGUACUCUCGACAACCUUGUAAUCAGCAAGACACUCGCUUUCGACUCGCCCCCAAUGGUUACUACGCGCAACAGAAGCAGAAAGGGCCUUACAUCGCCCGAACCACUGGAGCUGUCCUUGCCAACCCGGGCACGCCGCACUCGACAAACCAAGACCAAGGCCGAUUUCGCCUUAGAGGAAGAAGAAUCGGAGACUGUCGAGAGCUCAUCACCAACAUCGACAAUAGAAUCCAGUAGUCCACCACGGGAACUAAACGAAGUGUUAUUUGAUGGAAAAAGUGCCGCAGGACUCCAUGAACCGGAGGUGAUAUCGCACAGUAAUAACGUCCAUUUGAAACAGGAAGAGGACACGCACGAUGAAACAGAUCAGGAGGAGUACAGGAACGAUGUUGAAGGAGAGCAAGAGAAUGGGUAUGAGGAUGAGGAAUCCGAAAAGGACCAGGGAUUGGAGGAAGGUGAGGAGUCGGAGGAAGAAGACAGAAUGGGUACAGAAGACUCAAAUGAUGAGGAUCUGGAUCAACUUCUUGUCAAGGCACAGGAAUCAUUCAAGAGAAAAGCCAUGCUUGGGGGGGGAAAGGAAGAACCGCGAUUCAGCUUCCCCAGGCUGGAGACCGGACUAGAUACCAAAAAUGUGUAUAUUAAACAGGAUGGAACGAGGGCCAAGGUCGACAUGAGCACAAUUAUUGUGGUGGAGAAGGGCGCAGCGGGGUCAAACCCCUCCGGUGGCCAAGCAACUCUGGAGACAUGCGAGGUCAACAUGAACGCGCACAACAUUCACAUUAGCAAGAAGCAGAGGAAGGAGGACAGAGAGAAGACAGCAGGAAAGAGCUGGUUCGAUCUUCCUCAGCAGACGCUAACACCGGAGCUGAAGCGUGAUCUCCAGAUACUGAAGCUGCGUAAUGUACUGGAUCCCAAGCGGUUCUAUAAGAGAGAAGAGAAGGGCAAGCCUAAGUUUCCGAAGUACUUCCAGGUGGGCACGAUCAUCGAAGGCAACACGGAGUUCUAUUCGUCUCGUCUGACGAAGAAGGAGCGGGCGACGACGAUCACGGGCGAGGUGAUGAAGGACCUUGCCGGACGCGAUUACUACAAGCGCAAGUUCAACGAGAUCCAGGAGACGAAGCAGAGUGGUGGCAAACGGUUCUACAAGAAGGGCAAUGGCAAGCAGAGCAAGGGCUGGCGAGCAGGCAAAUAAAGAUCUAUUGUCUUAUGUG